AUGGCCAUCCUAGGUGUUGACCUAAGCGGCACACUCCCCAUGCUUCUGACGAUAAGUUUCGCAUCACUGCUUUUGCUUUUUGUCUACCAGCUUGUUUACAACCUCUACUUUCAUGAAUUUGCCAACGUCCCGGGACCGAAGUUUUGGGCUGCCACACGACUAAGGUUUAUCAUGUCGCUCGCCAGUGGCCAGAUAUCGCACGACGUCAAGAGGAUUCACGAGAAGUAUGGGACGAUCGUUCGCUUGGCACCAGAUGAAAUCUCUUUUGCGAAGGAAGAAGCAUGGAAUGAGGUUCUUGGUGUCCGGCCAGGCUACAAUCAGUGCCUGAAAGAUAUGGUUUACUUCACGCCCCCGCCGUAUAUGCCCCAUAAUGUCGUUGGUACACCAGUGAUAGAAGAUCACGCUCGUAUGCGACGGGCGCUCAACCAUUCAUUUACUCCAGCAGCCUUGAAAGGCCAGGAACCGAUUGUUGAGUCUUACGUCCAUUUGUUGGUUUCACAGCUAGUGGAGAAGGCAGAGUUAUCGGGAUCAGAGAGAAUGGAGGUCACCACCGACGUAGUGGACCGAUUCAAUUACACGACUGUUGACAUCAUUGGUGACCUGGUAUUGGGUGAAUCUUUUGACUGCCUCAAAAAUAAUGCCUUACAUCCUUGGAUCACUCUGAUAUUCUCAUUUGUCAAGGCCGCAAUAUUCGCGGCCGCCCCCCGCUUCUACCCAUGGUUCUCGUUUCUUGUUGAAACAUUCCUCGUCCCCAAGAGUCUACUCAAAUUUGCAGAGAAUCACUAUCAAGAAGCCGUCGCGAAGAUCCACCGGCGGAUGAGCAUCGAGAAACAACGAGCUGACCUAAUGACGCCUUUACUGAAACAAGGCAUCCUCCCGGAAAAUCAAGCAGGGAAAGGAAUGACCCUUGGUGAGAUCGAGGCAUCAUUUUUCAUGUUAGUGGUGGCAGGCAGCGAAACGAUAGCGACGACAAUGACCGGCCUCACUACCUACUUCCUCCGCGAACACCGAGUUGUGGAAUUAUUAGCGUCAGAAGUUCGCUCCACUUUCUCCUCGCCAUCCGAAAUAACCAUUGCUGCACUCAAUGAUCUGCCAUAUCUCAACGCCGUCAUCCACGAAGCCCUCCGCUUAUGCAACCCCAUCCCCUCGGGCCUACCUCGCGUUGCCCCGAAAGGCGGUACAACAGUCUGCGGUCUUCAUCUUCCUGCCGGCACUCAUGUCAGUGUCUCUCCUGCAGCAAUCUACAGAUCUUCAUCUCUGUUCCAUAAGCCGGAAGAAUUCAUUCCAGAACGAUGGUUCCCAGAAGCAACCCGCCCAGCCGAACACAUCAACGAUCACCUCAGCGCCGUUCGUACCUUCGGCCAUGGCCCUAGAAGCUGUAUUGGGAAGCAACUGGCGAUGGGUGAGAUGAGACUUAUUCUUGCGAAGCUGGUAUGGCAUUUCGACUUUUUGGCACCCGAGGAACAUGGCUCGAUCCUGGAUUGGCAGACACUGAAAGUGUUCCUCACGAUUGAGAAAGAGCCUGUCUGGGUCAAACUAAGACUGAGGAACGAGAUCACAGUGAGGAAAGGGUCAUUUUAA